CCAGUCUAACCUAAAAAGAGUAGAAGUAUUUCGUCGUGACUAACUUUUUUUAUAGUAAUUGAAUAAAUAAAUUAUUGGAAAUAUAAUUAAUUAAAUAAUGAGUAAUAAAAAAAACACAAACCAUUGUGAGAAAAAAGAAAUUUUGGAGCGUAUGAAUUAUUUAUAUCAGGCAAGUAAAUUUUUAUCAAAGUAUGAUAACAUAACAGCGUCAUGUUUUGGUAAUGCGAUGAUAAGUUGUUCACGUAAAGCUGUAUUAAGAAUAGAUACGGAUGUUAAGAGAACAAUAUGCAAAUGUUGUCAGACACCAUUGAUACCCGGCGAAACAUCACGUGUAAGAUUAAUAACAAAGCCAAUAAAAGCUAUCAGAAGUACAUGUUUAAUUUGUCAUACGUCUAAAAGAAUACCAACGAAACCUGGGUAUAAAUUGUGGACCGAGGAUCCUAAUUCAGUAAAUCAAAUAUUUCAUUACGCUCCAAAAAUACAAGACAACAGCAAAAUAAAUUCAAACAAGACUAAGAGCAAUUCAUCAUCUGGAGUCACUUCGAUCUCAGAUAAAACAGAGAAAACUGAUAAAUUGAAUGAAUCAGUAAACGUUAAUAAAAUAAAUGUAAAAUUAUCAGAAGGACUUAUAAUAAAUAAAUAAUUAAGACAAAAUUGAU